AUGACCGAGGCAGAAAUAAUCGAACAUUGCAAAAAUUUAUUCGCGAGAUUCGGCAUCCCUGAGAUAGUUCGGAGCGAUUGCGGAACUCAGUUUUCCACAGAAUUUAAAAAAUUCGCGAAUGAAUAUGAAUUCAGACACAUAACGAGCUCACCGAAAUUCUCGCAAAGCAACGGCGCAGCGGAAGCAGCCGUUAAGAUAGCAAAGUCUAUUCUAAAAAAAUGUAAAGACGCGUACUUAGGUUUGCUCGCGUACCGAACGAGCCCGCUAGAAAACGGAUUUUCGCCGGCUGAAUUGAUGUUCUCGCGUAAAAUCAGAUCGCGCGUACCGGUUUUUCCACAAAACUUAGGCUCUUUUAAAGAGCACAAGCGCGUAUCGUUAAAAGAAAAGGAGAGAAAGGAGAAGCAAGAGAAAACAUACAACAAGCGUCACGGAGCAAAGAAACUCCCGAAUCUCCGUGCAGGCGAUAAGUGUAAUCGUUGGCAUCUAGUACAGGCGCCACACAAGGGCGAGACCGUCUGUAGCGAUAGUGAAACACCUAUUGUUCCCGACGAUAUGGUGACAGAGUAUCAGACCGCCGCGAGCGCGGAAGAUCACGUAGACUCUCGCACAGGUAACUGUCAGGCGAGCGAGCGACCGCCAGAAAACAUUCCAAACGGUUCCGCGGAGCGCGAGGCGAAUAAUCACGCACAAGCGAGCCAGCCAUCACCGCGUAAAUCCGCUAGACCAAAGAAAUCGCCGAAUUGGUACGGUGUAGAGUAA